CCCUGUAUAUAUCCGUCUCCAUCCACGUUCCCAAUACCGCUCAAUAUAUUAAACCCCAACAUUUCUUGUUUCUCCCUCUCUUUCUGUGCAUUUCCUGUUUCGCAAUCUCAACCACACCUCUGUUCUUUUCUCUUUUCUGGGUGGAGACUGAAGAAGAAAGAUGAUGAUACAGCUUGGAUUCAGUCUUUGAGUUUCUGGGUUCCUUUUUUACAGGAACAGUCGGUUCGCUACUGGUAUGUUUUCAAUUCCUGUUAGGUGUAUAGAUUGCUUUUUGGGUUUCUAAGCUGCCACUGGUGGAUUAUCGGGAUUUGUUUUCUGUUAAUUUUUGCCAUAUAUAGAAAGUGAGAAGUAUCUGAUAACAAUUGUCCAUUUGGGUAUCUGAGAUCUGGGGUUCUUUCAUAGGGACUAUUUGUUUUGGUAGUGUGAUGUUUGCUGGGAUUGGUUCAGGGAUGUUGGGGUUAGAGAUGCCCCUGCACCCGCAGCAGCAGCAACAGAAUAACCAAAACCCUCAAAACCCUAACCAUUUGCACACUCAUCCUCAAAUAGUGGCUUUUGCCCGCCAUGAUGCUGAGCAUCACCAGCAACCCCAGCCAUCCGUGAAACAAGGGUAUCAGUUUGCUGUUAAGUCCAAACAGCCAUCCUCGUUUAGUGAUGAAGAUGAGCCUGGGUCUAAUGCUGAUGAUGGUACAGGGGAUGCCAAGCGGAAAAUGUCCCCAUGGCAGAGAAUGAAAUGGACUGAUAAUAUGGUUAAGCUCUUAAUUAUGGCUGUUUAUUACAUUGGUGAUGAGGCUGGAUCUGAAGGAAAUGAUCCGUCUAGCAAGAAGAAGGCUGGUGGGGUAUUACAGAAGAAAGGAAAGUGGAAAUCGGUGUCGAGGGCUAUGAUGGAGAAAGGGUCUUAUGUUUCGCCACAGCAGUGCGAGGACAAGUUUAAUGAUUUGAACAAGAGAUAUAAGAGGGUUAAUGAUAUACUUGGUAAAGGAACUGCUUGUCGAGUUGUGGAGAAUCAAGCCUUGCUUGAUACAAUGGAUUUGUCACCAAAAAUGAAGGAUGAAGUGAAAAAAUUAUUGAAUUCAAAGCACUUAUUUUUCAGGGAAAUGUGUGCUUAUCAUAAUAGUUGCGGGCAUGGCGGUGGUGCUGGCACUGGCGGUACUAAUCACUCACCAGAGGUGGCGGCAGAACCAUCCCAAAUUCAGCACCAGCAAGCUCAACAACGUCGAUGCUUGCAUUCAUCAGAUAAUGCUCAGGUUACAGCCAAUUUGAGUAGAAUUGAAACAGAUGGAUCAAAAUUAACCAAGGUGCAUAGUGAAGAUGAGGAUGAUGAGGAUGAUGAAUCUGAUGAAGAUGAGGAUGAUGAAGAAGAGACCACAGAUGGUCACUCAAGAGGCCAUUGUUUGCAUGGGCAAGAUGAUGAUGAUGAGAAUGAAGAAAAGUCCUCGCAUAAAAGGCCAAGAAAGGGACCGUACCCUUCAGUGCCACCAUUGAUGCAACAAUUCAGCAGGGAACUAAUGGCACUGAUGCAAGAUGAGUCAAAGAGUGCUUGGGAGAAGAAGCAAUGGAUGAAAGUGAGACUGAUGCAAUUGGAGGAGCAACAAGUAAGCUACCAAUACCAAGCAUAUGAGCUUGAGAAGCAGAGGCUAAAGUGGAUCAAGUUUAGCUCCAAAAAGGAGAGGGAAAUGGAGAGAGCAAAGCUUGAGAAUGAAAGGAGGCGGCUUGAGAAUGAUAGAUUGGUACUGCUUGUACGGCAGAAGGAGCUUGAGUUGCUUGAACUCCAGCACCACAAUCAACCGCAACAGCUUUCUUCUAGCAAGCGGGGUGACCCAUCUUCCAUUACUGGAUGAAUUGGGUAACAAAUUAGAUGGUUAGGCUUUUAUAGAUAGACGGAUCUUACAUGGUGUUUAUGUUUAUCUUGUUUGAAAAUUUGCUUAUGAAAUUAAGUGGCAUUAAUUUA